UUCAAACAGUGUAUUUAUUUUAACGGACAACGGCCUUUUUUACACCAGUUACACCUACGAAUCUGCAAUCUUUUUGGAUCUUGGGUUCCAACGGCUUGCGGUCUUGCGUUUGUCAUUUAUCAUCCAAAAAUAAAUCCAUUUCGUACCGAGUACCGAUUAUUGUAGUGUAAUGCUCAUAAGUAUUUGACAAUACUAUAUUACUAUAAUAAUUGUCAUAAGCGUAACAGACAACAGUCAAAAUAUUCUUCAAACGACUGAAAAAAACCCAUUUUUAUUGUAUUAUUAUGUUUUUUUCUUAAUUUACAUAUCAUUUGUAAUUGACCUCCAAAAAAGAAUCCCUUAAGUAUUUGAAUCCUUUAUUAGUUAUGUACAAUAUUUUUUUAUCAAGGUGAAUACAAAUACAUUACACUUAGUUCCAGCUUCUAGCUAUCCACAGCAAAAGGUAUCAGUUCAUCAUCCACAUAUAUUAAUAUUCCUAUCUAUUGAUACAUUCAGUUUAGAAUGUCUCAAUUUACCUUUGUCAAUGACCUCAAAAGUGCUGUAAGAAUGGAUGAGCCAAUUACCAGCGGUCCAGUUCCGCGUUGGAUGAAGAAAAGCGUAGAAUCAUCCUCAAGUUCUGCAAAUACUUCGAGAAAAAAUAAUGAAUUAAUGUCUAUCAAGAAGACUCCAUCAAAAACACCUAAUAAAUCAAAGUCACCAGCUUCAAGAUCAGCAUCAAAUACACCAGCUAAACCUAAAACACCUGGUGGUGACAGAUUCAUUCCUUCCAGGAUGUCUACAAAUUUUGACAUAAGUCAUUUUAAAAUGAACCAAGAGAAUGAAAACCUUGACAUAAGUCCAACUCAAUCAGAUUACCGAAAAGCCAUGUCUGAGAAUCUCCAUGGUUGUGAUAUUAAUAAUGUCCGUGUUCUAUCCUAUCAAAACAAAGCACCGGCUCCUCCUGAUGGUUAUCAAAAUGCUUUAAAAGUAGUUUAUAGUCAAUCUAAGACCCCUAUGAAUAUACGUGGAGCUACUCGUUAUAUACCACAUGCACCAGACCGUAUUUUGGACGCUCCUGAAAUUGUUGAUGACUAUUAUCUAAAUUUAAUUGACUGGAGCUUUUCCAACAUAUUGGCCGUAGCUUUAGGCACAAGUGUAUAUCUUUGGAAUGCCGACACUGGUGCCAUUGACCAAUUGUUAGAUUUAGAAGGCGCAGACUACGUCACUUCUCUAAGCUGGGUCCCUAACGGAAAUCUAUUAAGUGUUGGAACUGCUUUAGGACCUGUACAAUUAUGGGAUGCAUCACAGACAAAGCGGCUGCGUGUAAUGAACAGUCACAGUUCAAGAGUAGGUGCCAUGUCAUGGAACAAUCAUAUACUAACUACAGGUUGCAGAAAUGGACAACUUGUUCACAAUGAUGUCAGACAGAGAGAACACAUUGUUGGUACAAUUCAAUCCCACACUCAAGAAGUAUGUGGUCUUAAAUGGUCAACUGAUGGUCGUUAUCUAGCCAGUGGAGGCAACGAUAACCUAUUGAAUGUGUAUAGUGGCUUACCUGGCCAAGCAACUUACCAAUCAGAACCAAUAUACAGUUUCAGCCAACAUCAAGCUGCCGUUAAAGCAUUAGACUGGUGUCCAUGGCAAACUAAUGUUCUAGCCAGUGGCGGUGGUACAGCCGAUCGAACUAUCAGGUUUUGGAAUUGCAACAAUGGUCAGUGUAUCAAUUCAGUUAAUGCUAAUUCGCAGGUGUGUGCUAUUUUGUGGUCAAAAACUUACAGAGAAUUGGUAUCAGCACACGGUUUUGCAAACAACCAGCUUACAAUUUGGAAGUAUCCUUCGUUGACAAAGGUUGCUGAGCUCACUGGACAUACAAAUCGUAUUCUGAAUCUAGCCAUGUCACCAGAUGGUUCAACAGUACUUUCAGCUGGUGCAGAUGAGACCCUGCGAAUGUGGAAGUGCUUUUUACCAGAUCCAAACAAGAAGAAAGAACAUGAGAAACGCUCUUCUAGACCCACUAUACUGGGUCCAGGCCUAAGAUAAAUAUUUUGUUUUACUUUUUGUCAAUUAAACUUUUAUAUAAUAUUUGUGUCAACCUUUUACUUACGCGAUUUAAACAUUUAAUUUUAUUUAUAAAAGACUUAAUUUUACUUUUACUUGCAUAGUGUACAUAAAUAGACUUUUUGUAAUUAUUUUCUCCAUUGUAUUUUAUAUUUUUAUGUUAUUAUUCCAUGUCUAUGUAUUUUUUUGAUCAAGUAAUUUUAUGUUAUGG